AUGGCUCAAUAUGUUUAAAAUUUCCAUGAAUGAACGCGUAGCUCAGUUGUGUGUAAGCUGGUUUUGUGGCUUUAGUCGAAGCUUGGAAUUCCCAGAAACGAGAACAUGACCUGGAGACUACUUCCCGCCCUGCUCGUGACUCUGGCCUCAGCUCCACUGUUACCAGUCGACGCCAAGUUCUCGGCCAGCUCAAACCACCGUUUCGGUCUGCGCCUCUCCACCAAGCUGGGACUGGGUCAGCAAGAUGCGAAUGUGGUCAUUUCCCCACUGAUAGUCCAGUCAGCCCUGGGUCUGCUCUACGCCGGAAGCACUCCGGGUCCGGCGCGGGAGGAGCUGCGCCAGGCUCUAGAGCUGCAGCAUGCCGGCAGCCCAGGAGAAGCAGUCCAGGACAUCCAGAACAUGCUGACCCACCUCAAACAGUCCGCGGCUGUUGGAUGUCGCCUGCGAAUGCUCAGCGACUUUUACACCCAGCAACGGUUCACCUUCAGCUUCCGCGACGAGUUCGAGGCCCUGGCCUCGCGCCUCGGAGUCGGAUGCCAUCGCCUGUCCUGGGAGAGUGCCUCUAAGGCUGCCCAAGACAUCAACUACGAGUACCUCAGCCGCAGCAACUUUAGCCUGGGGGAGCUGGUCAGUGGCUCGCAGCUGGAAUCCCUCUCCGAGCACGGCACCCCCUUUCUACAUGUCUCGGCCCUGACCUUCCGCGCUCCCUGGGCGCAGGCCUUCGAUACGGCGGAGACGCAAAGCAUCAACUUCUUUGCCCUGGGCAACCGUCCCAGGCUGGUGGAGGCCAUGUUCGGUAUACAUCGUUUUAGGUAUGCCGAGGUUCAAGCUCUGGAUGCCCAGCUGAUCGAGGUGCCGUUUGCCACCGCCGACCUGCGGCUGCUCGUCAUCUUCCCGAAUCGCGCUGACGGAUUAGCACAUCUGGAGAGGAAGUUGGCGCAGUCCGAUCUGCAGCAGCUGAGGGGCCAGCUGGAGGAGAGGAAGGUGGCCCUUACUCUACCCAAGUUUAAGGUUCUGGUUCACUCCCAGCUGACGGCUGUGCUCAAGGAGUUGGGCCUGUCAAAACUCUUCACCUCAGAGAUCCAGUUGAGCGAGGUAUUCAGCUCCCUCCUGUCCAGUUCGGCUCCUCCCUUGGGAGCGGUGGUCCAGAGCAGCCUGCUAGAGAUCCAGGAGGAAGGCGGCAGCGCCGGUGAUCCAUUCUCCUUCGGGGAUCUGUUCCGACGAGCCCUGCCCCUGGUCAUCAAUCACCCGUUCUUCUACGCCAUCGGCAAUGACAAGACCCUGCUGCUGGCCGGCCACAUUGUGGACAUCUGAUCUGAGUUACUUAAUAUUCGAUUCCAAUGCCUAGCUCUAGCCGGGGUUAUCGCCUUAUCAGGCCCUCUCCAAUCGCUCAAAAUAAACAGAUUCACCCGUGGCGAGCCAAAGGUGACAAAUGAUUUGUAAACACA